GGGGGGGGGGUCCGAGGAGGAGCUGAGCCAGCCCAGCAGCAGCAGCAGCAGCAGAGGAGGAGGACGUGCGGCGGGGAGAGCUUCUUCCUUCCCCACGGCACGAAGGUCGGGGGAGAAGCGGGCUGCUGCUGCUGUUGCUGCCGCCGCCUCUGCUGGAGGUCGGGCAGGAGGGCCUGUCUGCCUGGGGGGGGGGUCCAAGUGCGGAGGGGGCGGCUGGCGGCCCCGUGACCCUGCGCAGGGAGGAAGAAGAUGAAAGCGAGAGCUUGCCCGGAGGAGAGCUCUUCCGAGCCCGAGGCCGAUGUCGCCGCCAGCGACCGUGGGAAAGAGGAGGAAGCGGGCAGCCCGAUGCCCAGAUCUCUUUCUCCCACAACAACAUCUCAGAUGCAAGCAAGAAAGAAGCGGAGAGGGAUCAUUGAGAAACGGCGUAGAGACCGGAUUAACAACAGCCUGUCUGAGCUGCGGCGUUUGGUCCCCACUGCCUUUGAGAAGCAGGGCUCUUCUAAGCUGGAGAAAGCAGAGAUCUUGCAGAUGACGGUGGAUCACCUCCGGAUGCUUCAUGCCACUGGGGGCAGAGGGCUGUGGGAUGCCCGCGCCUUCGCUGUGGAUUACAGGACCAUUGGCUUCCGUGAAUGCCUCACUGAGGUGGUGAGAUACUUGGGUCUCCUUGAGGGCCAGAGCAGCACUGCCACUGACCCGAUCCAGCUGCGGCUCCUCUCCCACCUGAACAGCUGUGUGGCUGAAAUGGAGCCUCCGCCCGCAGCACCCACGCCCCUCCUGCCCCUCCAGCCCUGGCCAGGGUCUCUUAUCCAUCCAGCCAUAGCACCUGCCGCCCAGGUGCAUGUGCCCAGGAGGGAGCAGGCCCCUGCUCUUGCUGUCUUGGCUGCUUCGUCAGUCGUCUGCCCAGGCCUGGCCCUGAGAGCAACUCCCAUGAUGUGCCGCAUCCCUAACGCUGCCACACCAGCCUCGACUAACAGAAUGGCAUCGUCCCGAAGAAGAAGCAGAGCCCCGGUGGUGACAUCGUCCACCCCAAGCUCAGGAUCCAGUGAGAGUCUGAGAGAGGCAGCCGCACCCUGGAGCAGUCACAUUGCCACGUUUCUCUUCUCUUCCGCCUCUUCUUUGGCCCGAACUCCAGCAGUGCCAGAUUACCUGUCUCCUUCUCUUUUGAAUCCUCUUACUCGGGGCCGAGAAAUCAAAACCGAGACGGCAAGACUCUGCCAUUCUUGGACUACUGAAAUUGGGGCUUUCUGACUGUACUCCAAACAGAGACCAGAGUUGCUCAACAGCUCUAAAAUGCGACUGAGCUUGGCACGUGUUCCUGCUUUGCAUUAGAACAUUUCCAGACUGUUGGUUUGUUGUGUGGAGAAUGCACAGUCUUUGUAAAGAACUGCAGAUCAGAAAAUGUAAUUUUCAGUCUUAACAAUCUCACUUGCAUUUCAGCUGGGAGUACUGUAUGGAAUGGACUAUAAUUAUGCAGGCAUCAAGGGCACUAUUGGCUACUAGUACCUAUGACAAGACGCACCUUCCCUCCAUCUUGAAACCUUACACGCAUUCCUUUAAUUUUUCAUGCUUGUUAGAGGCUGGGAACCAUUUCUUGUAUCACUCUAGUGGCAACCGACCUCACCACUAACUGAGCUGUUCUUUCUGUUCUUUUAUUUUAUUUGGUUCACCUUGUGUUCUCUCCUCUCAAGUGCUGGAGCACAUACAUACACACUUUUUUCAUGUUUAAUGGGAGGAGGGAAAAUGUGGCCAUGGCUCUCAUAGGUAUCAUCUUUUCCUCUUCAAAAUGUGCUUGAGCCGAACCCAUGACAGUCAGCCACGAUAUCUGUGUGUUAACGCCCAUAAACUGAGGAUUAUCUUCUACACCUUUCCUCUCUCCCUUUAAGGAUCCAGCCUUUUCUAGUAUCUCAACUUAACAAAAACACAGGGUCUGAGACUCACUCUCAGGCCUCCAACCUCUGCGAGGAAUGUGUUAGGAGGAUGAGUGUCAACAAGAGAGAGAUGAAAUAGGCCCAGGAGAAAUAACAACAAAGAAUGAAAAUGAGCAACAGGGAACAUUGAUGAUGAAGGGGAUAGAUUCUCCUUAUCCCAAAAGUUAUGCAGUUGGCCAGCUGCAAAGAAAUACAACUUGUGCAUCUAGCGGGCACACUGAAAAGGUGUGGGAUACACAUUUGGGCAUCCUAUGUGAAGGUGAGUGGGGCAGCAUCUGCUCAUAUUAUAGAUGUCUCCCCCAGGUGAGAGGCAAUGUGGGAUGAAGGCCCGGUUUUUACAUGAGCACCAUCACUCCUAUAAACAGGCCAUUGCUUAGAGUUUGCCUCUUUUUCUGGCUGGAAUUUACAUACUACUGGAUAAUGAAAAAUGCCUCUAUAUGUACAUGUUUUUGCAAACUGAUGGGUGCUUGGCAAUAAAAUAUUUAAAGUGCUGGUAUGUUCCACAAAA